UCUCGACAAAUCGGUUCGAAGGAUAAAUCAAAAUGGGAAAAACCAGAGGUGUGCACGAGACAACGCCGGAAUUGAGAAAUCGAAUGGUGGGAAUGUACGAAGCUGGUUUGGGCCUGCGAGAAAUUGCGGCUGCCGUCAAUUGUUCGCAACGUACAGUAAAAAGGUGGUUGAACAGGUUCGAUAAAGAAGGUACGGUAGAGACAAGAGAAAGAUGUGGACGUAAACGUGCCACGACCAGCGAACAGGACGAGGCGAUCAUAAGGCUGGCUACGCAAACGCCGAUAACAGCUGCUAAAGCUGUCCUCCCUGCUUUGGGACUCAAUUGCUCCGUUGACACUAUAAGAGAAAGACUGCACAAAGCAGGAAUCCACAAUUGGAGUCCCUCGCGGAAAUACAUGCAAAGAAUUCCUCUUGGGGAUACAGACGGUGCAGCGAUUCAACAGCCUGUAUGGAGGCCUACCGGGACACAGUUAGGGAAAAAGAAGUCUUCCAAAGAUUCUAGUAAAAACGAUAAGAAUAGUAGCACGACUAAAAAGAAGAACCCGUCUUGGAAAAUUAGGGCCAAAGAUGUGUACGUUGGUGAUGGCGCACCGAUAGAAAAUGCAAAGCAAUCCAACGAACAGCAAGAAUUUAUAUUUUCCCAACAAGCUGCUCCUCAACCUCAGGCCGCUGACAUGCAAGCGCCACCUCAACCGCUACCUUCGAAUCAAACGGAGUUUGGCAAUGCGUUAAGUUUAGUUCAACAGGCGCAACCUGUUUAUCAGCAUCCUGGUUUAAAUAUCUCUCAAAAUUGGCCGUUGGAUUUGGUGCAAGGAAGUCAUCAUUAUCCACAGGGCCAACCUGAUCCAAUUUCUCACGAACAACCUUUGUCACAGCAGCUUCAAGAAUUACGUACUCGGCAAGAGCAACAGCAACAUCACGCGCAACAAGUACGGCAAACGAUUACAGAUCAGACGCACAAUCUCGAUCAGCAACGGCAACUAAAAGUAGAGCAUCAAAUCCAACACCAGCAGCACCAGGAACACUUACAUUUGCAAUUGGCUAGCCCGCAAACCAAUACGAACAUGAACUCUGAUAAUUUCAAUUCCUGUAGUUCUCAAGACAGCAAUCAGUCUUCUGGCGGUGAACUCAAACAAAACGAGAACGCUGCAAAGCCUGUCAAGAUGGAGCGAUUUUUGCCUGUACGGUUGCAGGAGGAUCAUCACCAUCAGUUCCUGGAACUGCCAGUACAAAAUGAGCCGACGCGUUAUCUACGAUCCGCGGUCGACGAUGACUCAGGAUGCAAGAAUCAGGCCCCGGUCGCCCUGCAACCCGACAGGCUCCACUGUACGUCGAAAGACAGUAACGAAAGGAGUAUGUCGCAGAAAAGGAAAAAGAAAGGCGGGAAGGCGAAAGGAACGUUGGAAACGAGCGUCGAAAUUCGAAAUCGUAUGAUCGGUAUGUCCGAGGCAGGUUUAUCCACGCUAUCAAUCGCGCUCGCAAUCGACAGAUCGGAACGUACCGUUAAAAGGUGGUUAGAACGUUGGCAUAAAGAAGGGAACGUGCAAACGAAAGAAAGAAAGGGUCGUCGUCGUAUCACGACUAAAGAACAAGAUGAAGCUAUAAUCGCGAUGGCUACACAGCAGCCCUUAACUGCGGCGAAACACGUCGCGCCUGCUCUGGGAUUAAAGUGUAGCGUGGACACGAUCAGAGAACGGCUUCACAAAGCUGGUAUCCACAGUUGGAAGCUUGGGAAAAAGCAAGGGGAGGGAAACGCUGUACAUACGGUGCAUCUUUGGCAGCCCAGUGGAAAUCGACCAAACAAACCAAAGAUGCUCGGUGAAAAGAAGAAGAAAUCGAACGGUAAUAAAAAACGGGAUCAAGCGUCGAGGAAUACGCCGAAACGAUUGUCUUCUAAAAGGAGGAGGACAGAGUCUGCUGCAGUGAAAAUCGUACCACCGCCGACGAACAUGAUACCGGAACAGUCCACUGCUUUGCCGUUUCAUAAUCCUGCAACGAUGGCAAAUUAUGUUUCAGCUCCUAAUAUUAUGCAACCUGUUCACAAUAUUACCGCAGCUCUUCCUACGCUCGUUCAACCUCAACCACCUCCGCCAGCGCCGCAAUCGAUGCAGCCAAUGGGUCCUAUGAUGCAACAAAGACCCGAUUGUCGAUUAGCGCCGACUAUCGCGCCACCUGUGUCGGGACAGGAAAAUACCGGAGUUGCCUAUCCGUCGUGUAUGGUUGGAAACAAUAGUCACACUGGACACAACAUGGAACAACCAGACCCAUUGAACUAUGAACCAUAUAUAUGGAGUUUCUAAGCAUCAAGGACUUCUAGACACCAUUAAAUCGUAAACUAUCAAAUUUUUACAUCUUUUACCGUGCCGUGUGAGAUUUCUUUCAGCCGUCGAAGCUACCAGCUUUAUGUUAGCGUUUUGUACGUACUAGUUAGAACGGUAAAAUCGCAUUUACGAAAGUAUUUUAACAUUCUUAAAGAUACCGGGGAAAAAAGGAACAAAAGUCUGAAAAUGUGUACCGUCGAACAAGUAUUA